GGUCACCCAUAAAGACAGUAGAAGGGUUAAAUCAGAAAAGGAUCGGCCAGAGCCUCCAAAACUAAUCUAGAAAGGAAAUAGAAAUUAAAUUGCGUGUACAGAUGACAUAAGAAGGUUGAGACUUGCCCAAACUUUUGGUAAAACUUCAUGAUAAUCUGUGACAUUUUGAAUAAUGUCCGUAGGCUUUUAAACAAACUAACCUCCCUGACUGAGACUAACGAUAAAUCUUUAAUAAAUCACGUCCCAAUGGAGGAGGAACUAAACGCAUCAAAACAUGUUCAUUUCAACAUUUUUACACUGUAGGUUAAGGUUUUUGCAUCAGUGAAAUUUGCAUGUUUAUUUUUUACAAAACUAAACAUUUCCCAGAAAUCCAAGUUUUCUUACAUUAUUGUGUUUAUGUAGUUAGGAUUAUGUGAAAUUGUAUAAUCCAAGUUUCUUAAAACCUGGUUGCCAUAACAUUUAUUGGAUAAACAAAUGAUUUUAAAUGGCUUUUCUAAAAAACCAUCUUAAUGUUUAAAAGGCAUAAUUCAGAUCUUUUUUUAGUUGGGUUGUAAGAAAGGCCCUCCAGCACACGUCCUGUGCAAAAGUCAUAAAACGGUUAAUAUCUUACCUGUCGUAGAUAACAGAACAGCUUUAGGUUAGACUGGUUAGUUCUAAUGGGAUUUACACAGUUUAUCCAGUCACAAAGAGUUUUGCAAUCUUGAAACGUUCCAAAUUAAGCUUAAGCAAUUCACACAAAAGUUUUUAAACCUUGAUUUCUGUCGAUUUCACAUUACUUAUUCUAGCAGAAAAUGAAAAAAAGGACCAGUAGUGUGACUGAUCUGAUGUAAUCUAAAUAAACAUUGAGGUUUUAUAAGUGAAGUUCAAAAUUUUGUUUUUGUAUAUAAAGAUAAAAUUCCAAAUUGACUCCAAAAAUGUUCAUUUUGUGUUUUUUAAUGGUAUUUGAUAAUAAUGGCAAUGAUUAACUUCAUGAGGCUCGAGCUGAAAGCUGGAAUAACUGGUUAAGCACAUGUUCUGUUAAUUGUCCAUUUGUUCUUUUUACAACUUUUUCUUUAGAUGGAAUCAGUUCUUUUUCUCAAAGAUGGAAAAAAGAAUAAAGGGAAGGUAGCUCAAAACGGAGGAGGGGGUUAAGUACAGUAGGAAGGAAAAAUAACUUUGCUCCCCUUUAGAGGUGGAGUCUCAGCCUGGCAUCCUGUUUGUUACUGUUUAACUUAUAAAACUCAGGUGCAAUGCACCCAAAAGUAUCUUUUCUGCUCAUAUGUGCUGAACUCUGACCCUUAGAUAACAGCUCCAGCUACUAAUUCACCUUACCAACAGGCUGUUAUGGAAGAGAUGCGGCUUCGGGAUCUGAGAGGCAUCAGUUUGUUUUCUGAUCUGGAAGAGGAGGGGUGAAAAGUACGAUCCUUAGAGAUUUUCACUUGAGAGCAGGGCGGUCCUGGACAGAGCUUCAGAAGUAAGCCAGCAGGGAUCUUCUCAAGAUCUUCAGAAAGCAAACCUUCAUUUCUAAAUUAAGGCAGAAACAUGAUGCUGAGCAAAGAUCUUCCUGACAUUGAGAGCAUUCUGGCUCUCAAUCCCAGGGUGAAAACUCACGCUCAGAUCAUGUCGACAGCAAGUAAGAAGAAAGAAAAGAAACACUGGAAGAGAAACCCUGAGAGGAACUGUGAUUCGUGUGUGAAGCUGGAGAACAACUUUGACGACAUCAAACACACAACGCUGAGUGAACGAGGAGCUCUGCGAGAAGCACUGAGGUGCUUAAAAUGUGCAGAUGCUCCUUGUCAGAAGAGCUGCCCGACAAAUCUGGACAUCAAGUCAUUUAUUACAAGCAUCUGCAACAAGAACUACUAUGGAGCAGCUCGGGCCAUCCUGUCUGACAACCCUCUGGGCCUGACCUGUGGGAUGGUUUGCCCCACAUCAGAGCUGUGUGUCGGGGGAUGUAACCUGUACGCCUCUGAAGAAGGACCCAUCAACAUUGGAGGGCUGCAGCAGUUUGCUACCGAGGUGUUUAGCAAAAUGGGCAUCCCUCAAACCAGGAAUCCUGAUCUCCCACCAGCCAAUGAGAUGCCAGCAUCUUACCACACCCCCAUUGCUCUGAUUGGCUGUGGCCCAGCAUCCAUCAGCUGUGCUUCUUUUCUGGCCAGGCUUGGGUAUGAUAACAUCACCGUAUUCGAGAGGCAGAAGUACACAGGAGGACUGAGCACUUCAGAAAUCCCUCAGUUUAGACUUCCAUAUGGGGUCGUCCAGUUUGAAAUUGAGUUGAUGAAGGACCUGGGAGUCAAGGUGGUUUGUGAGAAAGGUUUAGGUGUUAAUGGAAUGACUCUGUCCUCCCUGAAGAAGGAGGGGUUUCAGGCUGUCUUCAUUGGGAUUGGUCUCCCUCAGGCCAACAGAGCAGCAAUUUUCCAGGGUUUGACUGCAGAUCAAGGCUUUUUCACCUCUAAAGACUUCCUGCCAAUGGUGGCCUCUGCCAGCAAGAAAGGCAUGUGCCAGUGCCGGUCCUCCCUCCCAGAGAUGAGGGGAGUGGUGAUAGUUUUGGGGGCCGGGGACACCGCGUUCGACUGUGCCACCUCAGCUCUCCGCUGCGGAGCCAAGAGAGUUUACAUCUGCUUCAGGAAAGGUUUCACCAACAUUAGAGCUGUUCCUGAGGAGAUGGAGCUGGCUAGGGAGGAGCAGUGUGAGUUUCUGCCCUUCCUCUCUCCUCGUGAGGUCAUCAUGAAGAACGGGCGGAUCGCCGGGCUACAGUUCUGUCGCACUGAGCAGACUGAGGAAGGUGACUGGCUGGAAGACGAGGAUCAGAUUGUUAAGUUGAAGGCGGAUUACAUCAUCAGUGCUUUUGGAUCCAUGCUGAAUGAACCUCAGUUGACUGAAGCCAUGGUUCCUAUCAAACUGACUCGUUGGGGAACUCCUGAGAUCAACACAGAAACCAUGCAGACCAGUGAGCCCUGGGUGUUUGCAGGAGGAGACGUUGCUGGUUUGGCAAACACCACUGUGGAGUCAGUGAAUGAUGGGAAACAAGCUUCGUGGCACAUUCACAGAUACAUACAGUCUCUACAUGGGCACACAGUGGACACAGUCCCAAAGCUGCCUUUGUUCUACAGUGCCAUUGAUCAGGUGGAUAUCAGCGUUGAGGUGUGUGGUAUAAAGUUUCCCAACCCAUUCGGCCUAGCCUCUGCACCUCCUACCACCAGCACCGCCAUGAUCAGGAGAGCUUUUGAACAAGGAUGGGGCUUUGCUCUGACCAAAACUUUUGGCCUGGACAAGGACCUGGUGACCAAUGUGUCUCCUCGUAUUGUGCGAGGUACCACCUCAGGUCAUGUGUUUGGACCUGGUCAAGGCUCCUUCCUGAACAUCGAGCUCAUCAGUGAGAAGACAGCAGCUUAUUGGUGUCGGUCAGUCACUGAGCUGAAGAGGGACUUUCCCAACAACGUGGUGAUCUCCAGCAUCAUGUGCAGUUACAAUAAGGAGGACUGGACAGUUCUGGCCAAGAUGGCUGAGGAGUCUGGAGCAGAUGCAUUGGAGCUAAAUCUGUCUUGUCCUCAUGGGAUGGGAGAAAGAGGGAUGGGACUAGCCUGUGGACAGGAUCCAGUGUUGGUGCGUAACAUCUGUCGAUGGGUGCGUGCCGCCAUUUCCAUUCCUUUCUUUGCCAAACUGACACCAAAUGUCACCAACAUUGUUGACAUUGCCAAAGCUGCACAUGAAGGUGGAGCAGAUGGAGUCACCGCCACCAACACGGUGUCGGGUCUGAUGGGUCUGAAGGCCGACGGCUCGCCUUGGCCAAAGGUUGGAGCGAGCCAGCGCACUACGUAUGGAGGAGUGUCUGGUAAUGCCAUCAGACCCAUUGCCCUCAAAGCUGUAUCAGCCAUUGCCAAGGCCAUCCCAAGUUUCCCUAUCUUGGCCACCGGCGGCAUCGACUCAGCAGAGACGGGGCUGCAGUUUCUCCAUGCCGGGGCAUCGGUGCUGCAGGUGUGCAGCGCAGUUCAGAACCAGGACUUCACUGUGAUUGAGGAUUACUGUGUUGGACUAAAAGCCUUGUUGUACCUGAAGAGCCUGGAGCUGAAAGACUGGGACGGUCAGACCCCUCCAACGGAAAAACACCAGAGAGGAAAACCAGUUUCCAAACUGGAAGACCUGGUUGGAAAGAGUCUUCCUAGUUUUGGUCCAUACCUCCAUCGGAGGACUGAAGCCAUCAUAAAGUACAAGAAACAGCUCAGAGAUGCAGGUGAAAACGAUGUGCCAAAAACCAACGUAGACCGGGUCAACAAGCCCAAUAAACCCGUGCCUGCAGUAAAGGAUGUGAUAGCAAGAGCGCUGCGCUACAUUGGAGCGUACCAGGACCUUGACAACAUGGAGCAGGUUGAGGCUCUGAUAGACGAAGAUAUGUGCAUCAACUGUGGUAAAUGUUACAUGACCUGCAAUGACUCUGGAUACCAGGCCAUACAGUUUGACCCAGAGACCCACCUUCCCUUUGUGACUGACAGCUGUACAGGCUGCACUCUGUGUCUCAGUGUCUGUCCAAUUGUUGACUGCAUUAAAAUGGUUACCAGGAAAACACCUCAUGUCCCCAAAAGGGGGGUACCCGUUAAUCCUGUCUGCUAAAGGAACAAACAAAUGCUUAAAGAGCAAGUCAUCCCAUUGCAGGAUGUUACUCCACUCCCACUUUCUGUUUGAAAAGUGCAACAUAUGCUGUUGCCUGGCAGACUGAGAGGGCGGACCCGCUAACAAAUACACGCACACACUGGCUCGCAAUGGCAUUGUGACAUCAUAUGGUACCAGCUAAUGUCAUAGGGUACCUCUUAGCCAAUAGCGAUGGCAGAUUUAAAUUAAAAUGCAGUGCAGAGUUUUUACCCAAAGAGGGUGCAACAGUGACAGUUUCAGGCAGAAUAUUUAAAUUUUAACAAAGAUGCACUAAUGUGCUAAAUUAUUGACUACACUCAUUUAUAUAGUUUAUCAGCAAAACAGAUGAUUUUGGGGUGACUUGCCCUUUAAUAAAGAUUAAGAUCUGCUUCGAAUAAUUACUAUUCAUAAUUGUACCUCAACAUUUAAGAGUUUAAAAAUGUUAAAACUAAAACAUGCAAUAUUUCUAUCUUUUUUUUCUUGGGUUACACCAAAUAUUUUGGACUAAAUAAAAUUAUAAAUGAAAAAUA